GUCUUUCUUUCUGCCUUUCUGUCACAGACGGCAGCCAGCUUCUCUCAUUUGCUGCGUGAAGGAGUUCGGUUGUACAACCAAACGAAACAGCCUCACGGUAAAAGCUACUGAAAGAAGGGGCAAAGAAAAUUGCAAAGUAGCUUAGUAGACACAACCAUAAAUAAAACUCCCCAAACAAGAAGGAGUUAAACCUUCAAACAGUAAAAUUAAUUAGAACAAAAAAGGGGGAUACGAAACAACUCCCGUUUAUCCCCUCGGCCAAGAAUUUUCUCACGUUGAGCAAUUUUUAAAACUUUUCUUUAAAAAGAAAAACAUAUUUCAAAGGCUCAUUUACUUCGUUGAGUGAAUUCAGGCAAAGUGAAAACCCGACUGGAUUAUCUCUAUUAUCAUUAUAUAUGCAUUUAUACAUAUAUUCAUACAGAUAUACAUAUAAAUAUAUAUAUAUGCACACACAAGCAAACUUCGGUAAUUUAAUUUAAUUGGAAAUUGACGAAAAUCAGCAAGAUUCGAAAGAUAGAGUUAUCAUCUUUAUUUACACGGGAAAAUAUCAGAAUUAUAUAGUUCUUUAAUUAUUUUGAGGUUAUAUUCUGCUUGUGAUGUUCAUCUGAGCAAAAGAAGAGAAAAAAAAACCCUUAGCAUAAUCACUAAAUUUCUGCAUACAUCUAAUGCGAUAUAUAAACAUAUAAAAUUUCUUCUCCUCCCCCUUCUCUGCUGUACACACAUACACACACAGAUUUAGCGCUUUAAGUACACUGUAAAACAAAGCUGUCACCGUUAGAAAGUUAGUGAAACCGAAAGAUGAUGAAGUCGACAAAAUGUUUGGCUUUCUUUCUCGCGCUGUUCUGUGCGGCUGGAUAUCUCGUGGAUUUUGUGGAAUGCAGUUGUCAACAGCAUAACCUCUGCUGCAACGGACGGGACAAUACAUGUUGGACAUACGGAGAACCGAGAAACGCGGCAAAUCUAACAGUUUCACAGGAAAAUGACACUCUGGAUGAAAGCGCCGACGUUAUAUCGAAACCACAACGUCGAUGUUUCUGUGACGAAGGCUGUUCCCAGUUAAACGACUGUUGCACGGAUUACACCUAUGUGUGUCGGCCCGUUGAUUGCUACGUCAGCCAGUGGACAGAAUGGAACUGCGGUGAUUCUUGCAUUCAUGGGGUUCAAAUACGAGAGAGGCAAGUUUCAGUAAAGCCUGCUCAUGGAGGCAAAGAAUGUCCAGCAUUAAAACAGAAGCGUGUCUGCCGCGGUGAAGCUUGCGACAUGCAGAGAGUUGACAAGCAACGCCAAGAGUUAUCAGAAAUCGGCUACAUACUUCCAGGCUCCUUUGGGGUUUGGCGUACAAACAAAGAAUACGACCCUGCCAAGGGCAUCAACAAGAACUUGUUCUUCCAUUAUCAACAUCCAAACAAAAUUGUGAAACGGCCUACUUACUGCGCCACCUAUUUGAUCACGAGUUCUCGAGAAGGAUGUAACUCCAGCGAAUGGGCCAGCAUUUUGAAGAAGAAAGAAAAGGUCUGUGUGGAGUGUCAACCACUGGCCAUGAGCACCGAAUUGGGCCUGCGCUGCAAAGGUCACGGAGUGACCAAUGAAAUCACCAACUGGCACGCUAUGGAUGUUCCUCACUGCCAUGGCGAAUGGGUGAUGACAACCAAACAUGAUGACUGCACAUGUCACCUGGAAAACGAGAAAGGUUUCAUCUUUGUAUAAUGAAAGGAUGUCUUCCAUCUCCGUAACUAGAGAUUGAAACAUACACACGCCCACAAACAAAUAAACAAAACAACAGCAAAUUGAAAAAAUAAAAAUAAAAAUUAUACAAA